CUAAUUGAUGCAGCUGUCGCGCUUCGCCCGCUGCCCGGGUCAGCUUUCCAACGGUAGCGCUAGGCGGGGUAUCAGCUACACCCCCACAAGCCAGGAUAGCGCGCGUGCGCGUCCCCAAGGGUUUGUGGAGGCUGGCGCGCAGCGUUUGCAUGCGAGCUCUGCCUUAGAGCGAGCUGGGCGGCUAAUCUGCACGGGAGGAGAAGAUGUUACAAGCGAUGCCCAGCUGAGCAGCAGCUGGCCAGGGAUGAAGCGGCCCCUGAGCCCAUCUCACUCCCCUGGGAGCAGCAUCUGUGAGAACCUCACAGAGAGCCCUGGUAUAGGAUGCCCACCAGAGCAGCGCACAAAAAGAGAAAAAAAGCACUCAUCAUUCACACUCUGUGAGGUGUGCAAUAUCCAGCUCAAUUCAGCAGUCCAAGCCCAGAUCCACUACAAUGGCAAGUCUCACCAGAAGCGCCUCAAGCAGCUCAACAAAGGCAAAGUCCUGCCAAGCCAAGGUCCAGCCAGUCACAAUAGCUCUCUCUUGACAUCGCUGCCCAUCCCAGGUCGGUCUUUACAUUCGCCACUGGACAUCAAGCAUUUUCUGACCUUCCGCCUCAAUGGGGCGCCCCCGCUUAACCUCUUCCCCAACUUCAAUACGAUGGAUCCAGUACAGAAAGCAGUCAUCAACCACACUUUUGGUGUCCCCAAUCUACUCAAGAAGAAGCAGUUCAUCUCUUGCAAUAUUUGCCACCUCAGAUUCAACUCUGCGAAUCAAGCUGAGGCACAUUACAGAGGCCAUAAGCAUGCCCGGAGACUCAAAGCCAUUGAAGCAGUGAAAAGCAAGCAAAAGACAGCUGACAGUCGCAGCAGCAGCCAAGACAAACCAGCUGCAGACUUUAACACCACACUUGACCUCAGCGGAGACACCAGCAACGGCAAUGCAGCACCAUCCAAGGGCCUGCUGGGAUUGAACCAGCCAACGGCAGAGCCCUGCAGCCUCAUGCUGAUGUCCCCUGUAGAGGAGUCAACUGCAGAGCUACGUAGUGGCAUUCUUUCCCUGGUCUCCCCACCCGCUUCAGAGCCCUCGGAAGGAGCUCCAGACACUGCAAGUGUGGCAUCAUCCUCUGCAGCACCUGGAGCAGAAACUCCAGCCACUGAAUCGGACAGACCUAUCAGCUCAGUAUCAGACAUGGAGAAAGAGGGGAAGAAAAACAAACAGCACUUAUACUGUCCCACUUGCAAGGUGACAGUCAACUCUGCCUCUCAGCUUGAUGCUCACAACUCUGGAGCAAAGCACAAGUCUAUGCUAGAAGGCCAGGCAGUUUUGCCAAGGCGAGGCAGGGGGAAGAUCCUCUCUCGAGUGGGGCACAAGCCUAAGCGGAUUGGCAGCAAAGGCAGACUUAGCAUCCAAAACAAGGCCUUCCAAUGCCAGGUGUGCGAGAUCUUUGUCAACUCAGAAACCCAGCUCAAUCAGCAUAUGAACAGCAGGCGGCACAAGGACAGGCUGGCAGGAAAGCCACCAAAGCCCAAAUACAGCCCGUACAGCAAGCUGCAGAAGAACACGGCCCUGGCAGUGAGUAUUCUGAAGUCCAAACUGGCUCUGCAGAAGCACCUUACGAAGACUUUGGCUGCACGGUUCCUGCCGGGCCCCCUCACCCCAGCCACCAUGUGUGCUCUGCCCAGUCCGCUUACACUCCGACCAGCCGCCGCUACCCUCUUCCAAGCUCCCAUCUUUGGACCAGCGCUUUUCCGAACCCCUCCAGGCCCUGUGCGAGCAGCUACAGGCCCCAUCGUCUUUGCCCCCUAUUAGAGAACCUCAGCACUGUUUUUGGUUCAGUUAGUUAACCAAUGUGGUAAAGAUCAAGGGAAAGCAGUACAGGGGAAAUUGUGGAGGGAAGGUGUCUUAAUCGGACUGUCCUCUGAGCAAAGGCAAAUCCAAAAACCUUCUUUUAAGCACCAUUAUUUUUAUCUGGGUUUCCACCUGUGUCAUUAUCUCAAUUACACUUUGGAGUGAGAGAGAAUCCCCCUCCACCCAUCCAAGCUCUCAUCCCUCCUCAUUUCAGGCAGUCCUACAAUGCACCAGGCUUUCUGGCAUUUGUCAUUCACCCCAGAGCACAGUCCCACUUGUCCAGAUGGCUGGGUGGGGAACAUGUCAAAAACAUUUGGGAAAUUAGAAGUCUGGACACCUUGAAGUGCCAUUUACAGAGGGCUUUUGUGAUUCAGGAGCCACGAGAGUUCCAGUAACUGGGAAUUUGAGAGUGGAUAACUGAGAUGUAGAUAACUAGAGGGCCAGAGAAGUUGUGAUGUGGGAUUGGAACGCCUGACUUUUUCAAAAAGCUACUGUGGGGAGGUCAGCUUUAGAUUGGGGAAGGGGAGUGCUAGUUCUGCUCUCUCCAUGCCAUGACCCUGAUCCAGGUCGCUUCCUGCCCCCACUGCUGCUUUCUGAAAUUAAAAAGACUCCAGGAGUUCCGGUCACAUAACUCCCAUGUCAUAUCUAUUUGGCCCUGAGGCUCUUCAAGAUUUAAUUUUCUCCUUUCAAAGAGAGGUGCCAAAAUAUUCCUAUAGUAGUGAAGGAAGCUGGUUCGUGAGUAGAAAGACAAAGAAGAAUUGAGGGUGUGCACAAAGAAGGUACCUCCCAUACCGAUGAAGUUAUUGACACACAUACACACAAAAGUAGCAUGAGUUAAUCCUCUCCACCAUCUCAAGCCUUAAUGUUCAACCCCAGGUGGAAAAAACCUUUUUAAAAAAAGUUUUAAAAUGACCAAAUGAUUUUCAGCUGAGGAGCUGGAAAUCCAAGAUUCUGCUUUCUGCUCUGGGUUAGUGUGCGUGUGUGUGUAUGUAUGUGCGAGUGAGAGAGAGAGAGGAGUAUUGCGUAAGUUGUAGGGGCAAGGUAAGCCAAAACUGGCUUUUUUAAUGUAUCCACAGCUUUCGAAAGAGAGUUGGAUUUAGAUAUGUUUUGGGAGAGAGGGAUCCAGAGCCAGGAUCUUCUCAGCAGUUAGGCCCAUUCUUACUUUACGUGGCAGUCACGUUUGUCACACAUACAACAGUGUUAACUGUGGUGAGCAUUGCAGAACGUGUAGGGAACAUAAAGGCCUGUAAACACACAGUGAAUGUAUACCAGGGAGCCAUAAAUGUCUACCACAUGUCCUUGAGUGCUUGGAGAUGCUAGUUUCCCCUUGGAUGUUUUGCAUAUUAAUGCCAGUGUAAUGUGGAUCAGCCCCCUAGUGGGGUCUAGUUGGACACCACUUAGCUGGGGAAGGAGGUUUGGUUGAAAGAUGAAUGUCAGGGAGCAUUUUAAGUAGCAGAUAUUGUUGACGUAUGGGGAUACCUGGAUCUCUGCUUUUGUUUGCAGAGUCCAGUGAAUAGAAGGCUACUCUUGGGAACACCUUACCAAGAACCAGUUCCAAUGUAAUGUUUUUGUAUCCUUCAUAGAUCUUUUUUGGGCUCCCUCUGGGAGGAAGCAUGGGAUAUAAAUUUAAUAAUAAAGAAAUAAAGCAAUUCCUUCAACAUGCUUGAAAACACUUAACACAAAUGGGUGACUCAUACAGCUUAUUCCUAGAAAAUCCUGGGAGCUGAAGUCAGAUCCCUGGAUACUUCAGGCUCACUGUAAACAUCAGCCAGUGAGUUCAUAGAAUCAGGGCUGGCGCCAGAGGGUGGCCAGGUUGGGCCCUGGCCGAGGGGCCCCUGAAGGGCCCCUCCUUAGGUGUGGGUGGGUAGCGCUCCCACAAUCUGUGGCAGCGUCAGCUCCCGACCCUGCUGCAGAUCGCAGAGAGGGAGCUCCCAGGUACCCCCUACUACCACGCAGACCCGCAAUGCACGUAGCACACAUGCGUGCCAUCAACCAACAUGGCGGCAGAGGCAUCAGCCCCUUAGGGAAACGCACAGCGUGGGCAGCAUUCACUUCAAGGGAAAGGUAGGUGGGGCAUGCAUGCAGGUGCCAGGGCCCGGGGUAGACUGGUGCCCAAGGGCCUCAGCAUGCCUGGCACCGGCCAUGCAUAGAAUCAUAAGAUUGAUUCUGUGCCACAAGGUAGGACAUCAGCCUGCACAAUCCAUACCAUAAACUGGAAUUAGGUACCUAUAAAGCACAAAGCUCCAGAUUAUUUUAGCAAGUGAAGCAGACCAUAUGCUGUCAGGAAGGCGAAGGGAGAACCCUCCAGAAUCAAUAGCAAUUUGACCUGGGUGUGUGUGCCGAAAUUACGGCAAUCAGAAAGUACAAAGCAAGAACAAAAUCCAUCUGCUGAGGAAGGAAAUGUUGGUUGCCUGCUUUUAGUUGUAAGCUAAUGCCCAAAGGAAAAUAGAAAAAUAUAUAUUGUAUUGGCAGUGCACAGGUUUGGGGGAAUGGACACUAAGCAUUACAUUGGAAUCAGUCUUAAUUUGUUCUUUUUCCCCUUGCACAGGUCUGUUUGGCAGUUUGAGAAGAUACUGUGCAUUAUUUUCUGGAUUUCUGCAAGAUUGCUUUCAGAUACUCCUGGAAAAGCAAGGCAGGAAAAAUAAUCUUAUUUAAGGGGGCCAUGUGAAAAAAUGUAAGAUCCUUUUUGAAGUCAAUAUGGAUGAAUACAAGUGACCAUGUACAAGGUACAACAGUGUGCAUGUAACCACUUGGUUAAUGGUUGGUUGUCUGUAUCAUCUUAGCACUUGGCACGUUUCUCCAUCGGAUCUUGGAAACAGGAGAGGGCUUGGUAAAUUUUCCCCACCACUUGGCAGGACAAUACAAGCAACCACUAUACCAACUGAUGACAAGCACAUCAUAGUAAAAUUACCACUUGGUAAACUGUAUUCAUCCUACAAAAUACAGGGACAUGAACAGUAUCAGAAAUCCUUUUCAAUUAGCCAGACAAUCCUGUAGUAAAGAGAGAGAGAGCCCUAAAACACACACACAAACUUGCACAUACAGAUAUAUAUAUAGUCUCUUCCCCUUGAUUGGAGCAUCAGCAGACCUUGUUGAAGAGCAAAAAGUGGUACUUGUGCCACAAACUGACAGGUGAAUCAAGAGACCAGACCCAAAGCUAUGGGGUUCCAGCAGUCCUAUCCACCUGGUCCUGCAGCCUCCCUCUGCGCCCAAGCCCUACCCCACCUUGUCACUGCAUCUUCCCCAUCCACCCACUUCCCAGCCAAGUGGUAGAUCCCCUCCUGCUAUGCUCUCUGUCUACCUCCUCACUUAGCCUAGCCCUGUCUCCUGUGACUGGCCACUCAGCUCUCCAAACUCUCCCUAGUCUCGGACAGAGGUCCACUCAAGCUCCUUUAAUUAGAGAUGGCAGAAUGAACUUGGCACAUUACACUUAGCAAGCAUGGGCUUCACACUUAAGCUAUGGCCCCACUCCACAAGCCAGCAGCACUCAAGUGCUGGGCAGUCCUCCUGACUGAAACUGACUCUUCUGAAAAAUCUCUUUCUUGCUUUGGGUGCCAUAAAUCCUAAAGACUGUCCUUAAUUUAGACCCUGGGGAUACCAGACACUGAGGAUAAACAAUAAGUGUGGAUGACCCUGACCUUCAUGUCCUGCCUAUGAACUUUCCAAAGGCAUCUGGCCUGGCCACUGUGGAAAUUCUGAAGAGUCUGCUGUGCUGGGUCAUCCAAUGCAAUGACAUUUUUUGAGGACAAUAGCGGUAUUUUAUUUGACAGUGUUUGAAAGAUGUGUCAACAAACUUGUCUUACAAACCCAUUAACUUGAGGUCACCCCUUGCUGCAAACACCCAGCAGCUGCCCCCCAAGGAUAUUCAUGGACACCGCUGGAACGCCACAAUAAAGCAAUGAACCAUUCCAAUCUAUGCAAAAUACUAAUGGAGUGGCUCACUUCUUCUUUGGCUUCUACACCUUUUUCUGAUUCCUGCACUGUGCUUGUUUCUACCCAGGUGACAAGGAGGGAGGCUGUGGCAGAUACAUAUAUGCAAAAGGCCAUAGUCUCCCUGCUGUAGUGACAUCCUUGUUGCAGGUGCAAAAUGUCCCCCCAGGAGGACACUAAAAUAAUUUCCAUUUGUGACACACUGAAUUAAAAACAAUUAAAACAUGUUCGCUCAAGAAACCGGGACAGGUUCGCUUGACUCCAGAUGGAGUUAUGGUUGCUAUAGGAAGCACAUUUGAAGUCUCAGGGUCUAGAUCUUUGCGUUUGUCUGUUGUUUCUUUGUAGUACCAGCAUCUUGUCACAGUUGGGUUAGGGUGGAAUACAGUGAACCUUGGGCAGACCAUACCUGUGUGGUGGUAAAGAGACACAGAGAUAGGGACUGCAGAAAGUUUGCAGUCAUCCAGAUCCUUCCAGCUAAUUUCAAGCAUUCCUCUCAAUCUCUACUCCCCCUAAAAAAAAGUGGUGGAUAAAAUCACACUUUUGUUCUGAGGAUCCUGUGGCAGCUCCUUAUAGAACACCCCCCCUUCCCGGUAUGUUCAUAGCCAUGCAUUCUUUCUGGAUCCAGAUUCCCUGUUCUAUCCAAUGUGUUAUUCCAAUUGAAAACCAUCGCUGUUUACAACUAACUGUUUCUGUUGGUUUCAAUUAGCAUGACACUAUGCAUGUUUACUCAGAAGAAAGUCACAGUGUAUUCAGUGGGGCUUACUUCCUAGUAAUUUUGUUUAGGAUUGCAGGCUUGGUGAUGAUGACUAACUUUACUUGGAUCAGGGCCACUGGAUAUGGUAGAUUAAACAUAGGAGGUUGCAACAAGAACGGUAGUAGCUGGGAAGAUAGCCUAAACAAGUGUAGAGGAGUGUAGUAUUUAUGAAAGAUUCACUUCCAACACAGUGGCAGCUGAUGGCUCCAUGUCAGUGGGGCAGUGGAAUCCGCUCUGUGUUUUAGUCUGAACAAAGCAGCUCUUUGAAAGUUUGGACUAAACCUAGCGUGGAUUCCACUGCCCCACUGACAUAGAGCCAUCAUUGCUCCAGCAUCCCAGCCAAUACUCUGGAAUGCCCUGAGUUAUUGCAGACUAGACCAUUCCAGUAUUUAUCAAGAGUGCUGUCCCAUACAUGACAUGCUUUCCUCUACAUCGAGAAGAAGGCAUGUAAGGUUAAUGAUUUAAAAGUUACUAUACUAAUGGUGGAAUACAUUUCACAGCCUGAGGCAAGGUGCACUAGCUGCUGCCGCCUCCGUGUGCAUCAUGACAGUCUCCUCCAGCAUCCGCUGCUGCUGCUGCUGCUGCUGCUGCCUUUGGUCUCACUCUGAAGAACAUAAGAUCCGCCCUCAGUGAUAUGGUGUAGGCAAAGUGGCCUUGGAGAGCACCUUUGCAAUGGCAAAUACUGUUUAAAGUUUUGCUGUUUUUGCUGUGACAUCAGCAAAUACAGUUUUUAAAGUUUUCACAAUAAUAAAUUGUGAAACUUUAAACAGGCACUCCACCUCACCCAUAGUGCCUCAUUCUGAGGAAGGAUCCUGCCUCAGACCAAGUCACAGGUGACCAAGACAGGCUGCAGUGGCAAAAUAGUGGUAGCACUCCUAGAAUCUUAAGCAGUCAUCACAGCAAUAACAGUCAGCUGGCCAGCCUGCAAAACAGCAGUGGCUGGCUCUGUGUGUGGGCAAAGACACUAGUGGCAGGUAAGCCAGGGGACAUUGAUCUACCACCCCUCCCAAUCUGCUACCUGCAGCAAGGGGCUCACCUUGUCUAAUAGGCGGGCUGGCCCUGCUUACAAAAACCCAUUUGUAAGGCAGCCAUCAUUUUAGAACAGGUAUUUCUCAUUCUCUCAGACACAGGAGAGAAUGCCCUUUCUAAGGUUAUGUUUGUUACAAGACGUAUAUCAUCUAAGGGAAAAAAUCAGCUUUUUGCUUCAGAACUAUUGUGUCACACACAAAUGUGUGUGUUUUUAAUUGAUAUUUGACUUAAAUUUUCUUUAAUUGGGUGGCAGACCUAGAGUUGCGCCUUCUCCAUAUAAGAGAAAAUAUGUGCAUUGUCCCUGUGAAGUGUGAUGUGAAAAUUUUACCUUUUUUAGCUGCUGCUCACAAGAUUAUCCCAGGAUGGCAUACAGUUUCAUGUCACACUUAAUAGAUACCUUUAAAUAGUCACACCUGCUCACCAGUGUCAAGUAAGAAUCACUUUCAGGUGGCCAGGGAAGCAAAAUGUAAAUUAGGACAUUAAACUCCUAGAUUGUGAAAGUGCCACAGAUGACUUAUAUAGGUUAUAUAUGGACAGGCAAAAUCAGUAAAUUGGAUGAGAAGGGUGGCUAGUUAAAGGGGCACUCCUUAGUGGCCCACUGGCAUUGCAGAAGAUUCCACGAGGCUUUCGGAUUCUGCUUCCAGCAAUAGAUGCAGCAUGUAAUACCAGAUAUGAGCCCACUCUACCCGGCAACAAAGGAUCAGAUUAAUGCCUUAGUCUGAAAAAUCCGUACAUCUAAGAAUACAGAUUUUCCUGAUACAUGUAUCAACAAUGUUGGUAUUGUAUUGUGUCAGUUGGCAUGAAUGAAGUGUCUGCAAUGCUCAUCCAAGAACAGAGGGAGUUUCCAUGUGGACAAACCCUCAGUAGCUGCCCUAGUGUACAAAAGAACUCAAUGCUUCAUCCUAUACAAGAGAAAGAAACUGAUAGGACAAAGAAAGUUGUAUAGUUGGGUUGGAGCAGGGGUGGGGAAUAGGAUCUGGCUUGUGGGCCAAAUCCUAACCGCCCUGAUCCCUCAUGGGCCAUUUUGUCGGGUAGGCGGGGCCUAUCAGUCUGACAUCACAAUAACACCAAGUGUCACCCCACCCCCAAAUCCUGUGUGGCCACGGCUUCAGCCGUACCUAGAAUGAAGAUCUUUGCAUUGGCAGCUUCAAUUCUAGUCAGGCAAAGGGUUAUUUAUGCUUUGGGGCUUGCUGUAAGUGCAGAUCCCAGAAGGCUUCCUGUAAGCACCAAACAUACUUACUUACAGGAAGCCCUCUAGGUAUGCUAUGAAGUUCCUGAUGGGGAACUCCCUUAUGCAGCCAAUGAAUGCAGGCUUGCUUUUAUCGCAGAUCGGUUGAUCAGCACUGACAGCAAUCCUCCUUUGCCAAGGAGCAAUAGGAAGCACUUGAAGACUCCCAGUUGUUCCUUGGCAGCCACAUUUCCACUUGCCCCACACCUGAUGUCACAUAAGGUGUCAGGUGUGGAUAGAGGUAUGAAGGCCUAGAAAAAAAUGGGGGGAAAUCGGGAAAUAGUUUUUUUCCAAUUUUUCUAUUGUUUUUUUGGGCUGGAACAUUUUGGAGGGAAACUGGAGCGGGAAAGGUUUUUUCCCAGGCCUUCACAACUCUAGGUGUGCAGCAGGUGGGUGUGGUAUGGGGGAAAUGGACCCACAGACCCAAUUGGGACCUGUGCUGGGCCUUAUUAGGCUGGAGAUUACUCAUCCCAUCAGAAGAGGGUGAAGAAAGCAGAGUUGGAGAUAGAGGGCUAGCAGAUUUUCUAAGAAAGCAGAGAGAACUACUAAAUUCAGUACUGGGAGAGCUUAUCCCCAGCCCUAGAAAGUUUGAAGAGCUAUGACAGGUAAAUGCAUAAAACAUUUUCACCUAAUUUGUUUGGGGAUUGAGUCUGUUUUGAUGUUACAUUAGGUAGCCACCUCUAGUUUACCCACUUGUGCAAAGAAGCUGAUCCAUCUACUAGGGGAAGAGUAGUAUUGGAGGUGGUGGUGAUGGUGGGAAUGUUGUCCAUGAGAACUGGUACCUUGAUGCCAAUACUAUAAUGAUUCAGUGAACUCUCCAAACAGUCUUAUGGGUGUGGAUACUAUUUUUGUGGUGUUCGCCACCUACCCAUUUCUGCAGCCAUGGCAAGCUUGCUACAAAAAAAGAAAGUGUCUUUAUUUUGUGUGUUUGCCUUUAUAAAAUGUUUUUGUUUUAUUUUCUCACCCAGUGACUAUUGUAGGGAAACGUUGCAAAACACAAAAGAAAAUUAUGUCUGUAAAUUUUUGCUACAUUCAGGGAUCAGAAGUCUUGCUUCAUUUAUGCGAUGUUUGGAUGGGCUGUUUUCAAGUCGAUCCCGACUUGUGGCAACCCUAUGAAUUGGGUUUUCAUGGUAAGUGGUAUUCAGAGGUGGUUUACCAUUGCCUUCCUCUAAGGCUGAGGCAGUGACUGGCCCAAAGUCAUCCAAUGCGCUUCAUGGCUGUGUGGGGAUUUGAACCCUGGUCUCCCAGGUCAUAGUCCAACACUCUAACCACAGUCAUGAGAUGCCACCCCUCUGCCCAUAACAUAGCAUGAAGAAAGAAAGCCAGCUUCACCCUAUGGCAUUGCAUUGCCCUCACUAAGAGAAUGGGUCUAACUUAAUUUAGGAGAGGAAAACUCACGGGUAGAACUAGAAGGUCUCCUGCUAAACUUGGAGGGUAUUAAUGUAUUAUGUUUCUAUAGUGUGACCAGUGGCAUGAUACUCUCAAAACGCCAAAUUGAUUGAAAACAUAAUCCCCAGCUGCUACACUCCCCAACAUUCUUGAUUUCCUGUUGCAUCAGCUUCAGUUUCUGAUGCCUUUCUGUUGUAGGUUCCCUUUUACAAUGGCCCGUGUAUGUUCCUGAACACUAACUUUCUGUAAGGUUGUCGAUUUAGCUGAUGCCACCCUCCUUGUAUGGCUCUAAUUUCACCAACCCAUUGGCCUGUCACUGUUUCUUUUUAAUUCAGGGCUCUCCUAAGAUAAGCCCAUUACCGUUUAUUUUCCUGUAUAAGUCUCAACCCUCCUGACAUUUGGCCUAUCACUGUGCUUUCUAUUCCAAGUUUUACAAUGGUACAUCACUGUGCUUCCCUUUCUGGAGAUACAAAAUAGGUAAAAUUGUAUCUUUUAUUGAGCCAACCUAGGGUCACUUCUCACUACAUUUGUAGUGUGCACACCGAAGAUUUUUUACAGGUACCUGUAAUGCAUGCAUUGACAAACACAUAUUUAACAGGGUGUAUGAUACAGGUACACAGUUCGCUUGGGCUUCCUACUGUGUGUCUCCACACACUUGUUGCCAUCUUACAUGUGAAGGCAUCCCUAGGUUGGUACAGGAAUAUGCAAACUUUCUGAGUUUCAAAUAAUUCAUCAGGCAAAUAGAGAGCAUGUAGAUCACAAAUAAGUCAAAUGUUUGCAUUCCUGGUAUUAAGCUAUUUACAGACUAGAAUUACCCAUGAUGGGCUAUUUAUAAAGCUAGAUUGCAAAAAUAGCUGAAGAAAUUUACACCUCUGAUAGCACGCAUCUUACAGAGCAGUCAGCAUUUAUAAAAUACGGCAUUGGAGAUAAAAUUGAAGUGAGGCAAAAAUCUCUGGCCUUUAAGCCAUUUUCUUCCCUGAAAAAGUGUUCUGGGUUCGGCCCAUCAUUUGUCCUUACCUUUCUUUAUAGUUUUAGGUUCACUUCCAGUUGGUUUAUCAACAUGCUUCCCUUCCUCAUGAUUCUGAGCUGACUGUAGCAGCUCAUCACUGUGCCUCUCUUCCUGAGUAGUCCUAGGCUUGCCAACCAGUUGUUCCUAUGCCUGUGCUUCCUUUUCUUCUCUUUGAAAAUCCUUCAACCCUAGCCUCAUGGAUUGUUUGUCCUGCCUCCGCUCUUCAUUGCCCUGCUCACAUUGGUAGGCCUAGGAAAUGUAGGGAGUCACAUACCAAGUGUUGAGCACACUUUGGAUCCAAGCGGUGCUGCCUACAGCUUCAUGUGUUAUCUUACCACUGUGUGAAGCCAUAAGACCUUCCAAUCAGACUCUUGGCCUAAAGGCAGCAGCACUCCGCUGCUGCUCUGGCGCUGGUGUUUUGAUACACUCAGCACUUUAACCCCUUGAAGCCAUUCCUUCUGCUAAUAAUAACAUAGCAAGAGGCUGCUUUAGGAACACAGUGGAUGCUUUCUUCUAUAGUCCUUUUCCUUUGUAUCCAAAGCAUUAAUGCCUUUAAAAAUAGCAUAUAAUGUACUCCAGGUGGUAGGUAGGGCGCAUAGGCCAUAGCUCUCAGUAGUGUGCGUGCCCCACCCUACCCCCAAUGUAAUUUUUUUUUAAAGGGAGUAAUGUGCAACUAUGUUUAAUCCUUUAAAAUAAACGUGAAAGAAAAACUCAAGGCAAAUGUAGGGACUUGGCCAGUAUGUUGUCCCCACUCCACCC